AAGUGGCAUGACAGCGCAUGACCUGUGUCAAAGUGCCAUCCUCCACACCUAUAAAAAAAAAAAAUUCUUCUUUCUUUUGUAGCCCGACACGUAAUAAGAAUUUUACCGACAGAAAAAACAAAAACUUAGAUAUUUCUGACAAACUCAGUCACAAAAAGUCAGAUGCCACAUUUUCUCAAGUCACAUAUCAACGGUGGAGAUUGCAUUCAUCAACGUCAACAGCAUCUGUCCCCGUCGAUUUGCUCAGGUUUCUUAACCUUGUUUCCCCAGAAGAUAAUAGAAGAAUAUAUAUUUCCAUAUAAAGGAAAAUUCAUAAAUCAUUUCAUUUCCUUUCUUGAACAACAACCAGACAGCAGCAGCAGCAGCCAUUUCUCUCUCUCAUUUCGAACGCAGACCCCGAAACCCACCAACGAAGAUGAUGAGGAAUAAGAUCAAGAUCAAGAAGAUUGACUACUUGCCUGCAAGGCAGGUGACCUUCUCAAAAAGGAGAAGAGGGCUCUUCAAGAAAGCUGCAGAGCUAUCUGUUCUGUGUGAAUCUGAGGUGGCAGUUGUCAUCUUUUCUGCUACUGGCAAGCUUUUUCAUUAUUCAAGCUCAAGUACCAAGGAUGUUAUUGAAAGGUACAACGCAGACAUAAAUGGUGUCGAAAAAUCGAACAAUCAAGAGAUUGAGCUGCAGCUGGAGAAUGAAAACCACAUCAAACUGAGUAAGGAACUCGAGGAGAAGAGCCGCCAGCUGAGGCAGAUGAAAGGUGAGGAUCUUGAAGGGCUGAAUCUGGAUGAGUUGCUGAAGUUGGAGCAAGUGGUGGAAGCAAGCCUUGGCCGUGUCAUGGAAACUAAGGAAGAGCUGAUUAAGAGUGAGAUUAUGGCACUUGAAAGAAAGGGAGCUGAGCUAGUUGAAGCCAACAACCAGCUAAGGCAGACGGUAAGCAACUACCACAAUCAUAUGGUGAUGUUAUCCGGAGGAAAUACUGGACCUGCGCUUAUGGAUCCGGAGAGGUUGAAUAAUAAUAUUGAAGGUGGAGGAGAAGAAGAAGGCAUGUCAGCUGAAUCUGCUAUCUCCACCACCUGCAACAGUGCUGUCAGUCUCUCUCUUGAAGAUGACUCCUCCGAUGAGGUCACUUUGUCUCUCAAACUGGGGCGUUAAGAAGUGGAGAAAGAUGAAAGUUUACUCUCCUUAUAACUAAAUAAACAAAGUUGAGGUAUUGUAAGAUAUCAGUAAUUGUGUGUCUUAACUCGACAUAACUUUGAAAAAUUAUCAAAGGGAGGGUGACUGUGUGUUGUAUCUAAACCUAUGCGUUACAUGCAAGCUUGAAAUUGCUCUGACUUUGUAUUGUAUUUAAAACUCUGUAUUAAUGCAGCUUGCAUGGUGAGUUAUGUUGAUUUUGAA